AUGAAGAAAUUGAAAAAAGAUUGAGAGGUUAUUACAUAAUGGUAAAAAAAACAGAGAGGUAUCCAACAAAAUUGAAAAAGAUUGAUAUGUUUUGUUAGCCGCCAAAUACGUACACACGCCCACAUGGGAUUGCAAAACACUAAUGAAUAGUAAUUAAGACAUUGUUUUGGUAAAAAAAAAGGAAGUGUCCGCUUUUAUCGUAGGCAACAGUAAUCCACAAUUUGAAUAGUAAUUGAGACACACGCUUCAAUCAAUCGCACAAGUCUAGCUGAAAAUUACAUAGCAAGCAUUACUGUGAACAAAAUAUUCAUCAGGAAGUAAUCUUGUUGUGAUAGUAUUUUACCAUUUCAGAAGCGACCAAACUAUUAUCAUUAAUGAGUCUUCAUUUGAUAAAAGCAUAUUGUAAUUUUUUAAUUACCUUAGGUAGUACAUCAGUUAAUCUAUUUGUAAGCAACUUAAAAAUCCCGAUGUAUAAUGUAUUAAAAUAUUGUGAUUUGCAAUGAUAUGUGAUUAUCAACGUUUAUGAAAAGUUAGUAAUAUACAAAAUUGUUUAUAUUUUGGAAGGUGAUUAUAACCUACGAUGUUUAAUAUAUUAUUAACACUUGCGAAAUCAUUUUCAAAUAGGGUAGCUGUAAGUUGAAGCACAAGAAGAAGGUAAAAGAGAAGAAUUGCUAUAUAUUCUUCUCUAAUAUAUGAUUUUCUCGAUCGGGUCGAUGAUACUUUCGAUACGAUUUAACAUAUUACAGGUAGGUGUUUUAUUCGAAUUCGAUCAGCCCUCCUCAAAAUAAACCGUUAGCUUGUUAGUGUGUGGUAUAUGAUCCACUAUUGAACCUCUCUCAACAACUCGAGUUAUUGGGAGCAACUGGUUCUUGACAUGGUAUCAGAGCCUUCUGUGACCGAGAGGUCUUGUGUUCGAUUCCCGAUAACUCCCAUUUGUUAAGCACAUGGCAUUCGGACUGGUGCAAACUUCAAGCCCUUAUCAGUGGCUUUCGUUUGAGGGGGCGUGUUAGUGUGUGGUAUAUGAUCCACGAUGGAACCUCUCCCAACAACUCGAGUUAUUGGGAGCAACUGGUUCUUGACAUAGCUAGCUAGGUUGCGAUGACACCAGCCUUAAUUUACUAGCCCUACUAGCUAAGCUAGAUGUUUGUUGUGGCUAUAAGAAGAAAGACGGGCAUGGGUUGGCUUGUAGCAUCAAGUCAGAGAGAGAUAGUGAGAGAGCCUUCUUUGCCAUAUAUAUUUCCUAACUUGUUGAUAUAUAUAUAUAUAAAAUUAUAAUUCACUGCUGCUCUUCUUUCAGGUGAUGGGGACAACGGUAGCCGGUUUGCCGCGGUUUGUGGUUCUCCGAUCAAGGAGCGCCAACAGGUACCUGCAUUACCUUUGGAACGACCAGUGGGGGCUGGGGUACCACGAGUUCGUUGGCUUGAAACGGGACCUGGACCCGGUCAGCCCCUUCGUCAAGCUCGAAGUCGUCCCUUCCACCACAAACCCAUCUUCCUUCGUCCACCUCCGCUGCUCUUACAACAACAAGUUCUUCCGUGCUGUGCAAAGGUUUGGCGUGUGGUUCGUCGCUGCCAUGGCGAACGACCCCAACGAAGACACCUCGAGAGUCGGCGAGUGCACGCUCUUCGAGCGGGUGUUCGUCGGAAACCAGAUCAACACCGUGUGGUUCCGUUACGUGGCCAACCAAUGCCGUCUCAUCUGGUUCAACAACGCCGCCUAUGCGGACCUUCAUCGUCUGUCAUGCGUCUACAGCCAGGAUCCCAUCUACACCGACUUUUACGAGUUCGCGCCUUGGGAGUCGUACGAGGAUAAGAUGAGGGCCAAAGACUACCAGAUCCAGACCCGUGACAUGGACAUCAAGGUGUUGACUGCCCAGGUGGCCGCCAGAGACGAGGAGCUCCGCAACCUGCGCCGCCAGCUUGCCGACAAAGACCAGGACAUCCUUAACCUUAAGGGCCGGUUGGCGGCUCUCAAGGCCUACGUGGAGAAAAGGAAGGCCAAACUGGAGUAUGGAAUGCUGACUCUGCAGUCCACCGUCACAUCCGCCUGGGAGUCGUUCCAGCUGAACGUCGCCUGUGGAAUCGUAAGAAUUACAGCUGGUUUCGAACAGGUACUCAAAUUGCCAGCGACAUGAUCGGACCAGACCAGACCACACCAAAACCAGACAGCGUAGCUGUCGGAUCGGAUCGGAUGGAUGCUAUACUUAUAAAAGAUGGAACUCGGUCUCCCGCCAACUCGUCAUUUCGUUUUAUUUAGUUUUCUCAUGUUCGUAUUGAUCAAGAGGGUAGAGUUUAAUAUGUCUACUAGCAUAUAAGCUCGCUCGGUUUCGCUUCGCGUUGAGCAAGAAGAUGAUAUUUUAAAGAUUGAUAGUUUGAAUUUGGAUCCAAAAGUAAAGAGGAGGUCAUCUACAACUAUAUAUAGUCGAUACAAUGAUGAACUUUAAUAAGGGAGAAGUAUCAACGAGCAAAUGAUUUCUAUGUUUAAUGUUCUCUCUGGUUUAUGUUAUUUUUGGUUUGUUUUUUUUUUUAAAGUUCAUAUUGAUUCUCCUUUUUUAUGGAUUUCAAAAUUAAUCACAGGUCUGAAAAGGUUCAACUCACUUUGGCCGGGUCAAAAUAGGUUGAAUACCCAUGAGUUUGGGUUCAAUUUCAUUCUCAAAAAAGGAGAAAUUAACACAGACACUAAAGUGGAUAAAACUCGCUCACGACCCAAAAUUAUGCAACAUCGAACUUUCUCUGACCAGGAUGAGCCGAGUCUGUAACAAAUUCACAACCGACACACCGCCAAUUACAAAAGCGAAUAAAACUCACUCUCGCCCGAAAACUUGUAAACACCGGGUUCAAUUCGUUUUGAUAAGGUUGAAUUAGCUAGGUUAAAUACCCAUAGGUUUGGUUCUCAACCAAAAGGAAAAGGAAAAAUAAAAGCACUAAAGCGGAUAAACUCGCUCCCUACCAAAAACUCUACACAUCGAGUUCAACUCGCAUUGACCGGUUUGAACUGAGUUUAUGACAAUCCACACUCGGCUCAACAUGUCAUUUCUAAAAUCAUAUAAAACUCUCUCUCUAUAGAAAACUCGUCAGCAAGAUUUACAAUGGUAAGUCUAGACACAUUAGCCUAAGACAUGAUUACGUUAGUUAUUUGAUUACUAACGAAAUUAUUUAUAUUGUGUAUGUAAGGUCAUGCAACAAUUUGGCAGAUCCUCUUACGAAGGGAUUGCCAAGAAGCAUGAUCUAUGAGACAUCCCAGGGGAUGAGAUUGCGACCUUUUGUAUAGUUAGAAGUAAUAUAUAGGAACCCAACCUUUUCUUUUGGUAUUUACUAAUUAAGAGGUGCAAUUUGGUAAUAACAAGUUACUCUAAUGGCGGAACUAGUUUAUUGUACAAAUAAAUUAUUUGAAAGAAGGGUGAAUUAUCGAAAUCCGAAUGACGUUCAGUUGGAAUGUGAUCAUUGAGAGUGGUGCCGCUCUAACAAAAGUAGAGGUCAACUUUUGUGUAUGCUCAUGAAACAUGAUUAACACAUGGUUAUAAUAGUGCUACCCUUGUUGGUGAUUGUGUUUUAGAGAAGAGACAAGUACAUGUGUGGCAUCUUCGGUUAUAGUUUUGGACAAGCCUCCUAGGCUUAAGUCUAUCAGUGAUUCGCUAUCAACUAUGAGUUUCUUACACUAGGUAAAGGUUCAAAUCGAGAAGAUACCUUUAUUUAUGCAUUACUUGUUCGAUAAGGUAUUUUCAAUCAUUGUUGACUAAGUGGGGGAUUGUUAGAGUAGUCAACAAUAAGGAAAAUACCACAUUGGUGGGAGAAGGGAAGUGCAAGUGGUUUAUAGCCUAACUUCUUGCUUUAAUUUGUUGAAUAAAGUAGUAUGUGGGUUUUGGAAAAAGUGUGUGCAAUUUAAUUUGACAUAUUAAAUCGCACUACGCAUUUAGCACUUAGCGCGAGGCGUUCGGAAUUAAAUUUUUGGCUAUUUUAUUGAUUUUUGGAAUUAAUUUUUAUUAAUUAAUUUUUAAUAAUUAAUUAAGUUUGAAUUUUGCG